AUGGAGCUCGCUGCUCUGUCGUCAGUAGAGGGUGGAAACAUUGAGCUUUUGCAGUUCGCCUGGCCGCCUCCGGGCCAGGGGGUCGACUCUUACUCAUGCCACGCUUAUGUCGUGAUGAAGAGGCAGGAUGGGUUCCUACUUUGCAUACCCGAUGGUUUCAUGCCCCAGGAGGACCUCGAGCAGGGCCAGCAGGCUACAGAGCACGAAGGCAUUGGGCCAUCACUGUUAGUGAGUGCGCCUCCCAUUUGUCUCUCCGAAACAGGCGAUUGGGUGUCUCCAACAAACAGCGAGACCGUUCUGGCUGUCGUGCUGGAUCUCUCGGCAAGUAUGGCCGCGCAGCUUGGCAGGCCCGAUAUCCAAACGGAGCAUAUGUUUCCUUUCAGGGACGGGGAGCCGAAUGUCUUCCCACUCGCAUCCGAGGUCCUGAGGCUGUCGAAGGAAUGGCUGGCCGAAGAGGGCGCCCUGCCCGCAGAGAGGUCGGGCUACACCACUGCGAUCUCAGGUGGAGAGCCCCCGGUCGUGACACAGAGGUCAAAGGCUCCCAAACCAAAGCGCCCGACAGUGCAACAGCUGGCAAGCCAGCAAGAAGCCAUCCUAAGGUUGAUGACCACUCUGGCCGACCGCAUGGACACCAUGGAGGCAGGCCACCAACGGCCCCCCGUGCAGCGCGUGCCAGCCCAGGUACAACCAGGUGCCCCGUUGCUUGCAGCCCUUCGCCAGCCUUUGUCGUCCCAGUUGCCCCCCUUUCAGGCCAGACCGAAAAGCUUGGCAGCAGCGUUAGGACCUCCUCCUCCCGUGCGUGCGCAAGCUCGAGCCAGCCCCGUUCAAACCGACUUGGACGCCGAAGCGGCGAAGUGCAUUGGAGAUGGAGAGCUGCCAGGAGAGCCGCCAGACACACUAGCUACAGCCGUGCUGGCUCAAUCCCAAGCUUUGGUUGCGCUCGUGGGGCAGCUUCAGGGAGCGUCCGAUCCUCUCUUGGAAGGCCCGCCGGGCCUGACUGCGUCAGUCAGAGGAGCUGCGGGAAGAGCGAAACUUCAGCAAGAGCUUGCGGCUCGCACGGGGCAAUUCGCGGCAAAGGUGCGGGAGAACUUGCGCCGAAAGAUGGAUCCCACGGGCUUGUUGGCUCCAGACCAGGUUUCCUUCAUGCGUUUCCUCGAGCGCCAUGGUGGAUUCGCUGGACAGAUGUCGUUGGGUUUGGUGGCCUGGCAAAUCGCCCAGGCCCUGGACUUGCUGGAGGCCAACAAUGUCGAUGGAGCACGCGACACGUUGAGUCUGCUCUUUCUCAUGUUGGACCAGUCCUCUUUGGACAAAGGGGACACUACCCUGGGGUGGCUCCUCACGUUACAGGGGGAACCGCCGCCAGGUCUUUUCCAGACCCCUACGAACCUGCCCGGGUCGAGCCUUCAGAGCUUCUCUGCAUUAGCGGAACAGCGGUGGGUGACCAUCGCCUUGGCGUACAUGAAAGAGCUGGAGACAAUCCAGUCGCGAAGAGCAUCAGUUCCUUCCAGCAUCCCUGCACCGCGGGUUCCAAAGCCGCCUCACUCACCAACAGAACCAGAGAGCGGAGAGGCCGCCUUCUCCCGAAAGCAACAGCGAGCCGCGCAGUGGGCUGCGAAAAAGGCAGCCGCAAAGGCAAAGUAG